AUGGCCUCGACCGUCCCCGCGCAGGCUGAAGCUCGCCCGCAGGCAGCAGCAGGACAACCGCCAGCAGCUCAGGCAAAGCAGCCCGCGAGCUAUUUCCCGCUGGGAUACAAGGAAGGGUUCAGCCAAUGGUGGACGUGUAUGCCGGCUGCCGCUGCUGAACACAGUGUGCUCUCGUUCAUCCCGUACCUCCAGCAGCCGCCAACCCACAAGCAGACCGGCAAGGAGCCAGCGGUCCCUGACGGGCAGACAGACAGCCUCACCGCCGCAGACACCUCGCAGGAGGCGCAGGUGUCCGCCAACUCGGUCAAUGACCCGUACGGGCCCCGUCGGUGGCGGUCCAGCAUGGUCCGGCUCAGUGGCGAUAAUCGAGCACUGAACGAGUUCUCCGUCGAGCGCGUCGGAGAGAAGGUCGAGAACAACCUCGUGGUGCUGCACGGGUACGGCGCCGGGCUGGGCUUCUUCUACAAGAACUUCGAGAGCCUCAGCCGUGCCAAAGGAUGGCAGCUCUACGCCCUCGACCUGCUGGGAAUGGGACGCAGCACCCGGCCGCCGUUCAAGAUCCGCGCCAAAGAGAGAGACCAGGCCGUCACCGAGGCAGAAGACUGGUUCAUCGACGCCCUGGAGGAGUGGCGUGUCAAGCGCAAGAUCGAGCGCUUCACCCUGAUGGGACACAGUCUCGGGGGCUACAUGGCGGUUGCCUACGCCCUCAAGUACCCCGGACGGCUCAACAAGCUCAUCCUCGCCUCCCCCGUCGGCAUUCCAAAGGAUCCCCGCGCGGUCGACACCGACGUCAGCGAGCCGUCGGAGUCGACCCUGUCGGCGGAGUUCACCCAGAGCCAGGACGCAGCCACAGGCGACGGCGCUGCGGCGGACAACGGCCUCUCGAGCAGGACUCCGCCUCUCCUGCGUCCUCUCCCCAAGUGGCUUACCUACCUCUGGGACGCAAACGUCUCCCCCUUCUCCUUUGUGCGCUGGUCAGGCCCUCUCGGCCCCCGUCUCGUCUCCGGCUGGACGUCCCGACGCUUCUCGCACCUCCCCCAGCCGGAGUCAAAGGCCCUGCACGACUACGCAUACUCCAUCUUCAGGAUGCGCGGCAGCGGCGAGUAUGCGCUCGCCUACAUCCUCGCACCCGGAGCAUACGCCCGCAGACCGCUUAUAAACCGAAUCCACGGCGUUGGCCGACAGCUCAUCAGGGAGCCAGUCCCCUCAGCGUCGCCGUCCCAGGCCAGCCUCGCCUCUCCCAAGGCCGCUUCCACCCCGCCUGCCACUCCAUCGGAUACGGCCACCCCAUCGGAUACGGCCACCCCAUCGGAUACGGCCACCCCAGGCGAACAGCCUACACCGCGCAAGGAGAACGGCAUCCCCGUCGUGCUGAUGUACGGUGACCACGACUGGAUGGACGUCGAAGGCGGCCAUGCAGCAAAGAAGAAGAUAGACGAGGAGAGAGAACGUAUCCUCAAAGACGCCACGGCAGAGGAGAAGCUUGCGGACCGUGGAUCGGCCAAGGUGGUCGUUAUCAAACAGGCCGGCCAUCACAUCUACCUGGACGGAUGGGAGGAGUUCAACAAGGUGGUCAUGGACGAAAUGAAGGCCACUUCUAAUGAAGGACGAGCAUGA